GUGUGUCUUCGAUUAGGACUUUUGCAAACCGAUGAUGCAUAUAAUCAAUGUAUAGAGACGGCCGCACUCCAUUAUAUGCCUGCAGAGGUUCGUAAAGUGUUCGUUAUGCUUCUGUUGUUUGGCCCGGUCAACGAUCCUGUUCAAUUCUUUCAACGACAUUGGGACAAAAUGUGUGAUGAUUUUCUGUAUCAUUCGGGCUCUCUAAUUCUUCCUCCGAUCGUUUUGCAAUGUUUGGUGCUCUUUGAUCUUGACCGUAUCUUGCACGAGUCUGACAAAAACAUUCGUCUGUUCGGUCUUUAUUAUCCGACCCCUGAUGGAGAAACGGUUGCCGACGACAUAAACAGGCAUUACGAGAACAGGACUGUGUCGUCGAUUGUAAAUGACAAGUUGACGUAUGAUCCGAUUGAAAUGCGAACUAGAUUCGAGUCUAAUUUUCGCCGUCUUCGGCCUCGCCAACGAGCGCUCGUGCAAAGAGUUGUUCGUGCCGUGGAAGAGAAACAACCGCUUUGUGCUUUUGUAGAUGCGCCGGCGGGAACAGGAAAGGUUUUUUGCAUAGAAACGAUUUUGGCGGGGAUCGGGUCACGUAAUGGUAUUGGACUCGCUGUGGCGUCCAGUGGGAUAGCCGCAACUCUUUUGACCGGUGGUCGAACAUUUCACUCGCGAUUUCGAGCACCUUUGAAACCUGAUAACACGCGUCCCUUCAAUAUUCCGAAACAGGGUGAUCUUGCCGAACUUAUCCGGCGUGCGGACUUGAUCGUUUGGGAUGAGGCUCCGAUGAGUAACAAGUUCCACUUGAAAGCUCUUGACAUUACGCUUCGAGAUCCCUGUAAUAGUAACCUUCCGUUUGGAGGGAAGGUUUUGCUUCUUUUUGGGGACUUUCGGCAGGUUUUGCCCGUUGUGAAGCAUGGGUCUCGAGCGCAGCAAAUUGAUGUCUCUAUCAAAAUGUCUCCUUUGUGGAAACUCUUUGAGGUUCAUUGCCUGACUGAGAAUAUGCGGAUCUUAAGCUUAGGGGAUGAUCCAAUGGCGCAAAUGUAUGACGUGUUUUUGAUGCGUAUUGGGAAUGGGGAUCAUAUUCAUUUUGUUCCUAAUGAGCCUGCCGCGGUCAAACUGCCGCAUGAGAUUUGCACUGAUAAACCUAUUCGUGAUUUGAUUUCCUGGACGUUUGAGGAUGUGUGUGAACAUGUUGGGGAUGCUGACUAUUUUUAUGCUCGAUUGAUUCUCUACGCCACCAAUGAUGAUGCGGGGUGUGUUAACGAUAUGGUUCUCAACGAUUUCCCUGGCGAGGUGCGUGAAAGUUAUAGUGUUGAUUACCCUGCUUCUGAUGAUCACGAACUUGCUAUCCAACAUGAGCUCUUAAAUUCUCUCAAUGAGUUUGGUCUUCCGCCUCACAAACUGCAAUUGAAAAUUGGUGCGCCUGUGAUGUUGUUGCGCAAUUUGUCGCCCAAACAAGGACUUUGCAAUGGCACAAGGUUAAUUCUUAAAAAGAUUGUUGACGAUGAUUUGUUGGAAGUGACCAUAAUGCGUACCAGUAAAACGACACUGAUCCCCAAAAUCGAUUUAACAAGUGAUGGUGAAACCACCGGGUUUAAAUGGAAUAGGAGGCAGUUCCCCAUCCGUCUUGCGUUUGCUGCGACCAUUAACAAGUCGCAAGGACAAACUAUCUCUCGUGUCGGGGUUUGGUUGCGCAAACCUGUUUUUGCGCAUGACCAGUUGUAUGUUGCUUUGUCGCGCGUUGGUCAUCCCAACAACAUUCGUGUUGUGUUGCCCGACAAAAAAUUUAUCACAAAGAAUGUUGUUUACUAUGAACUUUUACAAUGAUUUAUUCUCCUUGGUCGUAUAUAUCUCUUUCGGACGAGUUGACAGGACAUGCGCGUCACUUUUUGAAUGAGUUCUUCUCUUGUGUCGUAUAUAUCUCUUUCGGCUGAUCGGUGUUGAAUUUUGGUAAACUUAUUUUCUUUUUUUCCCCGCAGACGAAUUUGAACUGCACCAUACCUAUGAGACACGCGCUCAAACGAAAAAGAGGAAACAAACCGUCAAUAGCAAUACAACUGAUGAUGCUCUGAAUGUUACAUCUAGACAACAAGGGGCUCAGUCAAGGCCAUCAAGGAAGAGCAAAAAACAAGAUACAUCAGAUAAUGAAAAUGAACAUACUGGUGGCCAUGAUAUUCCGCGCGAUGAAGUUGAAGGUGCUCAUCAACAAACGAGCACCCUCGAG